UUUUAUUGGAUUUGGAAGUAAAAAUAGUAAAUAUAAGAACACGGAGUGCGAACUUACUUAACCUAGUUACCUCGUGCUCGAACUUCAAAGGAUUCGUAGUUUGUGUUCUUUGUGUUUAUGGGACAUUUAGUUUCCAGUAGUUACUUGAAUUUACUUAAAAUAUAAUAUAAUAUAAUUAGAUAUUUAAUUAAACUUUGUUAAGAUUCAUUACAAGAAAAAUUGUAGAACUAAAAUCGACAUGCCGGAGGAAGAAGAACAAAGUGAUUCGGUGGAAAAUAUUAAUGAAAAUGAAAAGGUUAUAACUUGGCGAGAUUUGGGUCUCAUAGAUAAACUCUGUGAAGCAUGUCAUGAUUUAAAAUGGGGUGUCCCAACAAAAAUUCAAAGAGAGGCUAUCCCUUUAACAUUACAAGGGAAAGAUGUGAUUGGAUUAGCAGAAACUGGAUCAGGAAAAACUGCAGCAUUUGCUCUUCCGAUAUUACAAGCACUUUUGGAAAAUCCUCAACGAUAUUUUGCCCUUAUUUUGACUCCAACUAGAGAGUUAGCUAUUCAAAUUUCUGAGCAAAUUGAAGCUCUUGGAGCAAGUAUUCUUGUCAAAUGUGUUGUUAUUGUUGGAGGUAUGGAUAUGAUGACUCAAGCAUUGAUGUUAGCCAAAAAACCACAUAUUAUUAUUGCUACUCCUGGUCGACUAGUUGAUCAUUUAGAGAACACAAAGGGCUUCAGUUUGCGUAAUCUAAAAUACCUGGUCAUGGAUGAAGCAGACAGAAUUUUGAACAUGGAUUUUGAAGUAGAAGUUGACAAAAUAUUAAAAGUUAUUCCAAGAGAAAGGAGGACUCUAUUGUUUUCAGCUACAAUGACUAAAAAAGUACAGAAGUUACAGCGGGCAUCUUUGAGAAAUCCAGUAAAAGUAGAAGUUUCCAAUAAAUACCAAACUGUGAAAACUUUGCAGGAGUAUUACAUUUUUAUUCCAGUCAAAUUUAAAGAUGUGUAUUUAGUUCAUAUUUUGAAUGAACUGUCUGGAAAUAGUUUUAUGAUCUUUUGUUCUACAUGCAAUAAUACUAUGAGAACUGCACUACUUUUACGUAAUUUAGGGUUUAUGGCCGUACCUUUACAUGGACAAAUGACACAAAACAAAAGAAUUGCUGCUCUUACUAAAUUUAAAGCGAAAAAUAGAUCAAUUUUAAUAUCCACUGAUGUUGCUAGCAGGGGUCUUGAUAUUCCACAUGUCGAUGUUGUUAUUAAUUUUGAUAUACCAACACACAGUAAAGAUUACAUACACCGAGUUGGAAGAACUGCAAGAGCUGGCCGUUCUGGCAUUGCCAUUACCUUUGUUACUCAAUAUGAUGUCGAACUGUAUCAGAGAAUUGAGCAACUUAAAGGUCAGCAGCUUCCUUUGUACAAAACUGAAGAGCAAGAAGUAAUGGUUCUUCAAGAAAGAGUAGCAGAAGCUCUGCGAUUAGUCAAGAUUGAUAUGAAAACUAAAGAAGAAUCUAAACGAAAUAGUAAAAGAAGAAAUACAGAAGAUGAUGGUGAUGACACAGAAUUAUCGACUGGCGUUAGGAAACGUUUUAAAGGAAAACAGAAAGGAAAGAGCAAAGGAAAAAAACAUUGAAAAACAUAUUAAUUCUAAAAAAUUAAAUAUUGAGUUAAUAAUGUACAUAGUAAAUUUAAUAUUCGUUUCCACUUGCAUAUUUUAUAUCAAUG